UUGUUUGUUCAUCUUUUUGUGGUCAUAACACAUUUUUAAAUUGUUUAGUUUCAUCCAAUUUUCACACAAUUUUUGCUCAUUAAACCUUUCAUCAAACCUUUACUGUUGAUCAACUGAAACUUUAACCGGGAAAAUUUCAUUCAUCAUUAUCGCCAUCCUCAUCAGCAAUAACAGUUUACAUCUAAUCAUGUUUACAGUAAAAAUGUUUCUCAUGCUAAUCUCAACUUGUAUUGUUACAGUUAAGUCAACUGUUAUCAAUAAUUCAUUAGGACCAACCAAUGAAAUGGCUUCAAAUGGCAGAUCAAACAACGAGACAACCCUUGAUUAUCAACAUCAGCCCAACAAUUCAAAUCAAUUUAUCAUGGAAUCAAGAGAAAGGAAACGCAAAGAACGACUUGCAUUGAUUAAAUCGCAAAUUUUAUCGCAACUCAAUCGUCGAGUAAAUAAUGGAAAUGUUGAUAAUCAGGAUUGUUCAUUGACAACUAAUGAGCGUAAUAUUUUGAAUGAAAUAUUUGUCAUUAUAAAGAAAACACCUGAAGGAACAAUUGAUGUUGAUCAAUUUACAACCAAUCCAAUCAUAAUUGAUAAACUUCAAGGUUUACGAUCAAAUUCUUGGAUUUGUGUUAAAAAUGCUCUUUCUGCUUCAGCUGGACGUCAGCUUAAUCCGUUAAAUUCAACCAUUUUGUCUCGCUCUUUCUUAUUUCCAUCAAUAAACUCAUCAUCAACAUCAACAUCAUCAUCAACUUUAUCAUCCAAUUCAUCGUCAUCAUCCAUUAUUGGACAUCACCUCUUUGACCAGUCUGGUUUAUCAAAUAAAAGUCUAAUUGACUAUCAAAAUGACAAUGCAACCCAACAACACAUUCUUGAACAGAGACAAAGGAGACGCCAAGAGAGACUUAUUUACAUACAAAAUCAAAUAUUAUCUCGCCUUGGUCUAACCCAGCGAGCUAAUGAAACGGUUCCUCCUUGUAAGCUAACUGACGAAGAGCGAGCUCUAAUUAACCAAUUAUUCACCAAAUCAACUUCAUCAUCCAUAACAGCGAGUAAUGCCAAUCAAAUAUCAAAUGCAGUUUUCACCAAAAUCCAAGGUUUCUAUCCUUCAUGUAAACUUGACCUGACCUCAAUGGAUCCAAAUCGACUCAACAAUUCCCUCUCAUCAUGAUUUACACAAGUCUUUAAACCUUUUCUGCCAAAAUUUGCUUCAUUGCCUUGUUUUUUUACUUACAUGCACUCACUUAAAAUUAUUUCAAACUACCUUUUUUAACAAUUAUUAACUGAUUUUAGCUAUGCAUCAAUUCAUGAAAUGUAUUAUCAUAAUCUCGAGAUCCAUUGAACUAUUAAAUUUUUUCACAUUUUGUACAUAAUCUUAUCAUAGUUGUACAUUUCAACAGUUUACUAGUUUCAAAUGAUGGACUUACUGAAUACACCUAACCUUUGGAUCCGGACACACCAAAAAAUGAUGUUUAUACAUUUCCAUUCGUUUACCUUCAACAACCUUAUGAUAAAUCUUGAUUUUUAUUUACUCUGAUUACAAACUUGGUAUUGAUUACGAUAAAAAAGGAAAGUUUGAGAAGCGAAAAUCGCAAAUGACUUUGAUUUAAUGGAACUGACAGCAACAACUACGGAACACGGAAUCCACCUGAUAAACAUCUUAAAUCAUUUUUACUUUUUGAUUAUCAAUUAUCAGGUUAAAACCUCCCAAUCAACAUGCACAUGAUUAACUUGAUUAGCAGAAAGUAAUCAUCAAUUGACUUCUCUAAGGCCUCAAGUUAAGGCCUCACUCUUUGCAUCAACAAACAGAGAAGCGGAAGCUUUUCAUUUCAACUUACAACAACAUAUUUCUUACAUAGUAAGUUAUUAUUUCAAGGGGUUUUAUCGUCAAUUGUAAUUGUCUAAUCAAGCUGAUUUUAGUAAAUUUAUUUCCUGGAGGAAAGUGUUAUUAAAAGCGUUGCCCUCUUCAUCUGAAAUAUGCGUCUAUGACUACAGCGAAUCUAACCAUAAAACCAAUUGCCUCUUCGGUAAUAAAUACAUUUACAUUAAUGGACCAAAAAAAUGAGGUACAAAAAUCUUUAUAUACUUGUCAACAUGGGAUGAUUGUGAUUAAUUACUUUAUUUAUGAUAUCAGAGUAGACAUCGGAUCAUUCAAAGAAUACUUAAAUUGUGACUAAAUGUGUAAACAAGUGUAAUUUAAUCAAAAACAACCUGUGACAACUGUUAAGGUCAAUUGAAAAAUCAAAUAAAAAACGGAAAUUUCAAUUAAA